AUGUUCCUGUGGCUCCUCGUCUUCUCUGUGCUGGGCGUGAGAGCCUGGGGAGAAUCCCCACAGUUCUGGAACAAAACCCAAAUCAGAGGAGUGUCAGAGAAGCUUCUGGACCUGCUUGCUGGCCUCUCACAGCUCCUUCACAAGAAUCAAAAUGAUGUGCUCACCAUUGUCUCCCGGAAGGACUGGGGGGCAAGGUCACCAACCUGCAGUGCCCCGCUGACCACGCCUGUGUCAUUUCUCAUCACGGAGCAGCUUCUGGGGAUGGAUUGCCAGGAGCAAAGCAUUUGCAGUGAGAGGCUGCGGAGCCUGCAGUCCCACUCCAUCUACAGCAAAGGCUGGUGUGACCUGGCCUACAACUUCCUGGUUGGGGAUGACGGCAGGGUGUACGAAGGUGUCGGCUGGAACAUCCAAGGCAUGCACACCAAGGGGUACAACAGCAACUCCUUGGGGAUCGCUUUCUUUGGCAAUAAGAUAGGCAGCAGUCCAAGUCCCUCUGCCUUAUCAGCUGCAGAGAACCUGAUCCUGCAUGCAACCCAAAAGGGUCACCUGUCACCCAGGUAUAUUCAGCCACUUGUCUUGAAAGAAGAGAUCUGCCUGGCCCCUCAACAGUCAGCAACACACAUUAAAGAUUGUCCCAACAUUAUCACGCGAUCAGCUUGGGAAGCCAGAGAGACAUACUGCCCUAAAAUGAACCUCCCUGCCAAAUAUGUCAUUAUCAUCCACACCGUUGGGCCACCCUGCAAUGUGUCUAUUGACUGUCAGAUGUAUGUUCGAGAUUUACAGUCCUACCUCAUGGACUCAGAAAAUUCCUGUGACAUCAGAUAUAACUUCCUGGUAGGCGAGGAUGGUGGUGUAUAUGAAGGAGUUGGUUGGCAUAUCAAAGGUGGUCACUCCAAUGGAUACAAUGAUAUUGCCCUGGGAAUUGCCUUCAUGGGCAACUUUAUGGAAAGGCCACCCAAUGCCGCAGCACUGGAGGCUGCCCAGUCCCUGAUCCAAUGUGCAGUGCUCAAAGGAUACCUGAUUCCCGACUACCUGCUGGUGGGGCACAGAGAUGUGAUCAGCACCUUGUCUCCUGGUCAGGCUCUGUACGACACCAUUAAGUCCUGGCCGCACUUCAAACACUGA